CCGUUUCACUCGUCUGACUCGUCUCGCCAGUGACGCCAGUCAGUGUUUCAUAGACCGUUUUAGCGAUCGUUCAGUCGCUAGUGAUUCUCUAUACUUUAGUUGUGAUCGCGCGCUUUAUAAUCGCGUCCACCACAGACAUUUAAUCUUAUAGUAAAUCGAAAAAUGCCUAAUAACAUUAGUGGUAAAUAAAGAAAAGACAUUAAAUAUGUCAGUAAAAAGUUCAGGGUCGCACGAUGGCCCCAUGCCAUCCACAGGCGAGAUCAUCCGUUCGGGAUUGUUAAAGAAAAUGAAAACUAACCGGAAGAAGUAUUUCGUACUCCGGGCGGACACUUCGGAUGCGUUGGCGCGUCUGGAAUAUUACGAUUCCGAAAAACGAUUUAGGUCCGGGGCGAAUCCUAAACGUUCGAUUACUUUAAGGACGUGCUUUAAUAUAAAUGAAAAACUGGAAUCAAAACAUAAGAAUGUGAUCGCGCUUUAUACGAAGGACGAUUGUUUUUGUAUCGGGUAUGAAAGUAAAGAGGAACUUAAGCUUUGGCUUAAAGAUUUUUUAACUUUGCAACACGGAAAGGAGAUCACAGAAGGGCAACCAUUAAAACCUAAAUUCGAAUUCGUAUGGCAAGUGUCACUAUGCGCAAGAGGCCUGGGCGCAGGACGCACCGGUUUUUACCGAUUGUGUUUGACAGAUACGAAAAUUACCCUAUAUAAGAUUGGUGAAGCUUUUCCCACCAUAAUUGAGCUGUUACUUACCAGCGUACGUAGCUGUGGAAACUUGAAAAACUUCUUUUACUUAGAGGUUGGAAGAAUGAGUGAUCUUGGGGCAGGCGAAAUGUGGUUCGAAGCAGAUGACACCAACAUUGCGUUGAAUAUUCAAACAACUGUCAAGCAUCGCUUUAAGCGAGCCAGAGAAAUGUUCGCCCAAGCAAACUUAACGGCUUCUGGAGAACCCAUGGAUUUUCAAUCAAAAGAACCUCAUCGAAUACGUUCUGCUAGCGCUACGGAACCUUCCAAACCUCUUAACAAGAAGUACAACCCUAUUUUUUCUUCGAAGCAUAACCCAUUACCUCAAGAAUCAUCAUCAGAAAGUACCAUAACACCCAAUUCAAAAGCGUCCCAGUCCUCUGGUACGAGUGCUGCCAAUACUGUCAGUGGCGUAGCGAUGAGUAUUUACCACCACCUUCUACAGAGAGGCACCGGAAAAAGGCGCCACUCCAUCUCAGGUGUUGGGUGGUCCGGCGUACCGAACCACCAGCGCACCCAAUCAUUGCCAAUCACCGCCGAAUCGGCGGACAAUAACUCCAUGAUCGAUAACCAUCACUCCAUCACCAAUCACCUAUCGGGAGGUACCACGUCCAAAAAGACCCUUACCGCAAUUAUCAACGGAGGGGGAAAGUGCACUAGUUUUAGAGAGAGGUGCGACAGUAUGCCUUCACGACCACGAACUGCUAGUGAAGGUAAUCAUGGGCCUCCUGGUUGGGGCAAGCCAUAUUUGGUACCCCUAAGAACUCACCAUAUAAGAGACAAUUCGCACAGUCCUCCAACCGGAAGUCCUAUGAGUCCACCUUCGGAUUCUACUGGCUCGUUAUACAGCCUGGGAGAUGAGCACGAUGGUUUCCAUGAUAUGGAGCAUCACAAGAUGUACAAUACUCUAACUCCGGAAGAAGCGAUUGCUGAAGAAGAUUAUCCAGAAUCUCCAAGGGCCGAUCCUCCAGAAGGACAUUAUAUACCAAUGAAUAACUUUCAGGGAACUCCGGAAAGUAACUAUACCGAUAUGAAUCACUCCAUCGGUAAUAAUUAUGCUUCGAAUAGUGCUAGUAGUAUGAGUAGUGUGACGUCUGGAACGCCUAGCACUGAUUUAAGGUUGGCAGACUAUCCAUUGGAUAAAGUAUUCUCAUAUGUAUUAGCUGAUGAUGACGAUAAUAGGCCUUGCAGAGCGUAUUCAGUGGGAUCGAAGCCACCUGAACCUCCACUGGCCAGUACUCCUGAAAACCCCAGAGUUAGAGCGUUUAGUGUUGGCGCUAAAACUAAGAAAUACUUUAAUAGGGUCAUUAACCAGCACCACAAUCCAUCUGGUGUCAAAUCAAAUAGCGCCCCAUUGCUGGCAGCGAACUCGCGUAGUGGAAGUUCUCAUGGUUCCGUUUACAACCCAAUGGAUGACUUACUGGAAAUUGACUUUUCCUGUAAUGCUGCAACUAGAUCCAGAAGUAGUACCAACGCUUCUUCAUCUAGCGACUCCAGAGCCUCUACCAACAGAAACAGUAAUGGAACCAGAGGUAAAUUCUUUGGACUUUUGGAACAUUUUGGUUUCGGAAACGAUCAGAAAAAACCAUCUCGGAAUGGCUACGUUGAUAUGAAACCAGGAAUAAAUUCUUCAAUUCGUUCAAUCGGUAAUAAUUCACCAUAUGUCGAUAUGACUCAAAGACAGCGUCAAGCCAAUCACUUUAUGGAUAUGAGUCCUACAAAUCCCGCUUUGCAAAGGUUGGGUAACGAGGAAUCACCCUAUUUGGACAUGAGCGGCAGGAAUGGUAAUCGAGAGGCGCACUAUUUGCCCACGGUUGGAAAUCCGAAUGUCCCCUAUUUUCUGUUGAGCGAUAACCAUGAUAAUGUUCCGACGGUGGGACACCCGUUUUCGCCAUAUUUAGACAUGAGUGGCAAAUCUGGAGCAAAGGUGGGCAAUGGGCAUGAACCGUACAUGGAUAUGAGUGGUCCAGGUAGAAUUGGACGUAGCACAGUCGGUAAUGGACAUGCAGAUUAUAUGGAUAUGUCAGGAUCCAGUCCAGUAAGGCACAGCCCUAGAAAUACUGGAUUAUCCAACUUGGACCUAAUUCCUACUUUAAAUAGAAAUACUGAAAAUUUCCAUGACGCUAUGCAAAAGUAUAGGACUAACUCUAACUCUUCCACAUCGUCUAAAGCUGCGAUAUCCCCAGGUUUCUGGCCAAGUGACCCUAGCACUGACUACCUGGACAUGUCAGGGCGCAACAGUUCCUGUAGGAGAUCAGAAAGGACCUCCUCCUUUCAAUCUCAAAUGUCUUCGUCACCUCCAUUCCUAAAGAUGUCAAAUAAUUCUAAUUUGUUAUGUGAGCAAAAAGAUCUAGAAGGAAAUUUACCUAUCCGUCAUCAACGUCAAUCCAGCACGGAAAGCGCGGACGAUUACGGAGACUAUUUGAAUAUGUCUGGCCAAUCAACUCGCCCAACCACAACCACCUCACAACAAACCACCAGGUCUCAGCCUAUCACGAUUAAAUCGACUUCCGGAGGUUCCGGACUGCCCAAAAGUUCUAGCCCGAUGUCCAUCACCUCUCUAUUAAUGGGAAGAAGAUUUUCACCACCUACCGAGAGUUCUUCUACUAAAAUGCACUUGCCGUUGAGUCCGUAUUCCAGUUUACCAAGACAGAAAUUAUCUAGGAAAGGUUCUUCACAGGCAAGUAGCUCUAAAGAUAGCUCUCUGAAUUCAAGUGUGACAACAACGCCUUCAAGUUCUUCUACAAUGUUUCCUAUGAGUCUGAAUAGCCCCGUUUCACCACAAGAGGCUGAUCUUGCUAAAAAUACUGAAACAGCAGCUUCAGUCAAAGUACCUACCUCCGUUUUAAAUACGGCUUACAAUACAUCGGUUAACGGUGUUCAGAAAAAGGCUGUCGAUGACUACACUGUAAUGGACUGCGAAUCUGCCUCAAAAACCGUUCCUGCGGAAGGAAGUACGAUAGACUCGCCUUACAUGAACUGUACAGUAGGAUCUGCAUCAAGACCUUCCAGAGUUCCCAGCCCACCUGGAGAUAAUUCUAGCGGAGACUAUGCUGUAAUAAAGCCAGGAGUGUUCCAGAGUAAUCCUGCGACUCUUCCAAAGAUCAAAGAAUCCAGCUCUGGGCUCUCUUCACCCCUGGUUAAUCGGCUAUCCGGUGUAAGACUAACGGAAGCUAACCAAAGCAUGUGUUUUAUGCCUAUAAGAGAAAAUGAUGAGAGAAUGUACAGUCCUAAGCCGGGAGACGUUCCCGAUAAGAUACCGCUAAAUGAUAAGACAUUGGAGACGGCUAACAUGGAAUUUGAAGAUGAGUCUUCUAGAGUAUUGUUUGAAAGAGCUAAGUCUACCCCAACAAAAAAUUCUCGACCGAACUCGUCAAAUUCAGAGAAAAUUAGUAAAACGCAAAAUCAAAGACCUGCGUCAACUACUGGAACUGAAAAGGCGGCGUCAAGGCCCUCGUCAGAAUGCUCUGAAGGGUUAGCGUCAAGAUUAGGAUCUAACUCGAGUGUCUAUUCAAGUUCCUCCACCUCCACGAUAGUGGGCGUGACUCCCUCAGACAACCUCGAUCAGUCACAUCAGCAGGUUGUGUUGAACUACGCUAGCCUGGAUCUAUCAACGACUGAGCCCUGGACCGGUGAAUCCUCUUCCUCCUGGGAGGGCCGUCCAAGAAGUCCAAAGUCGAACUUGACUGAAGCGGACACUGGUUCUACUACAACAUUCGUAUACGCUGAUAUAGACUUUGUAAGGAGUGAUGAGUUAAAUAAGGGAGGGCAAGGAGCGGACGGAGCUACUGUAAAAAAUUAAAUUAUGCAUCUCAUUUAUUAUAUGUGAUUAUUCCUCAUCAUGGUGGUUUUUAGAUAAAUAAUUGAUCUACAGAGGCUUUACCUAAAGUUUAUAUUAGUUUCAAAUUUAUUAUAAUAAUUAUUUAUUAUAAUUAUUAUAAUUUUGUUCUCCGAAUAGACUGAUAUACUUAAA